AUGAGCGAAUUUACUGACAAAUUAUACCUGCAGGCCGUCGCAUGGGUCGUCCGCAGGAACAAAAAGGCUGGUGCCUGGCAGCAAACUGAUCCCGGACAGGAAGGCUCACCAACAUGGGGAUACAAAGAGGAACCAUCCUCUACGCACCUUACUGCCGAUGCCGAUGCCAGCACAGGAGUUGGUAUGGCCGCUUUGAGGGGUAAUACCAGAGAAGAUGAUGAACCAAGGCCAUCGUUCCAAAGUUAUGAAAACAAUGCACCAGGAGUUACUGUCAGCGAUCUUCUUUCAAACGGACAAGGUUAUGGUGUUGUUCCACAACAUGUUGUUUGCGCAAAUAGUUUGCUUCUCAAGGAAUCAACAUUGGCAAACAACUAA